UUCGGAAAUCCUAAUUUUUACAGAGUUUUCAAGGCUGAAGUAUUGCUCUUGUCACGUGACCGGACAGGUCAGAUUCACAUGACUCAAAAUGGCGGACGGAGAAGAAGAGCGCUCUCCUCUGCUUGGCGGAGAGAAAAGUCCCGAGCAGGCUCCUCUGUCGCCUCCGGGAUACCCCUCUUCAGGCAUUCCAUCGUCCAUCCCGGUCGGCCCCGUCCCCCCCAUCUUGCCUGACGAGCAGCCCCCGCCCUACACUCCCACAGCAGACGGAGGCAUUCCAACCAUCAACUGUAGGGUCUGCCAGGCGCCCGUGUCACUGGAGGGCAAACUACACCAGCAUGUCGUAAAGUGUACCAGUUGUAAUGAGGCCACUCCCAUCAAAACAGCUCCCCCUGGCAAGAAGUAUGUGCGCUGCCCAUGCAACUGUCUCUUGAUCUGUAAGAGCACCUCCAGGAAGAUCGCUUGCCCAAGACCAAACUGUAAGAGGAUCAUCAGCCUGGAUGGCGGAGGUGGAGCCAUGGCCCCUCCCAUCCCUCCUGCAGGUGGGACCAGAGUUAUCUGUGGACACUGCAGUAUGACCUUCAUGUUUACAUCCACAACAAAUGCCCUGUCAAGGUGUCCUCAUUGCAGAAAAGUGUCGUCUGUCGGAAGCAGUUAUGCCAGAAGGAAGUGCACCAUCUGUGUUGUGUUGGGCAUGAUCUUCAUCUUAGCAGGAAUCGGGGUCACGGUGGGAACUUAUGAGUUGGCAAGACAACAAGGAGGGAUCUACUUUGCAUGGGUUGGUGCAUUCAUCAUCGGGAUCCUGUUCCUGAUCCGGGCAUGUUACUACGGAACCCUGAAGGUCAGCUACAUCCAGACCUCCCCCUGAGACAACAUGGACCAGUCCACUGGAGAAGAUGUCCCCUAAUAGGGGUUGGAUCACAUCACCAAGAGCAUAAGGAUGGGGUGGAUUAACUUGCAGAAUAAACUAUACUGGCCCAGAAAUGCAAAGGUUAAAGUUGUGUAACUGCUCUUUUAAUCUUAUUUGUACCCAAAUUGAUGCAAAUUGUGAUCAGAAAACAAGACCACAGUCUGUAUGAUUAACCUCCUUGGUAUAAUUUAUCUUCUAAGACCUCAUCGUAUGACAUAUUGCUGUAUGACUGUGACUUAUGUAUAAUAUAUGUAUAUUGCUCUGGAUGACUUUGUCUGAAUAAGGUAUGUAAAAAAAUGCUAUCAAUUGACGUGAGCACACUGCUCAUGGGUAACUUAAACUCCUUAUUUGCAUGAUUGUUUUAAAAAUGAUUUGCUAAAAAUACAGAAAGAAAUGGAUUGAAAUUGUUCACAAUUUGAAUGCGAGAAUGUAUUAGGACUACUUUGAUGGAGACUUUUCUUCACAAAGUUGAUCAGUGAUUGCUAGUAUGCAGAAAUGCCUAUUUUUAAUUUUGAUACUGAAAUGUUACGCUGCUGUAGAAAUGUACUCAUCAGACUGCCAAUUUUUCAUUGGUUCGCAAAGUCCAGAUAAUGAGAAUACUGUAGAUCUUUUACGGUGGUUUUGUAUUGACAGAGACCUCUCCUGUGCAAAUAUAUCCCCGCAAAUAUAACUGUUUCAAUUGAGAAUUUGAAACACUGCAAAAAACUCCUUUUCCGUCCUACUUCAAAAUAAAACCACUAAGAAAGUAAGUGAAUUCACAGUAUAGAAGAAUUGGUAUAUAUUAUAUAUCUCGAAUUUACUUUGACGCUGGUAUAUUCAAGAUUGUAAAAAAAGACCCAAGCCCCAGUACCGACUCAAGAAGUCCUGAAGUUAUCCUUAUUCUAUAUAUGUCUACAAGAAGUUUCUUAUUGAUGAUGCACCAAUUCUGCAGUGUCUUCAUAUUGUAAAAGAAUAAGAGGAUAAAGGCUUGUAUAUAUUACAUGAAAUUCACUACUUCUUAGUGAUUUGCAUUGUUUGUCUUUCUGUAUUUGCAUUACUAUGAAUUGUUCUGCAUUACAUUUUCAAAUGUAUUUUCAUAGUUGAUGUUGAUACUUCUCUUUACCAUGCAUUGUUUUGCUAGAAAUGUCUGACUUCCUAUCAGAAAUAGACUUCUAUUCAUACUUGAAGCCUCAUAACUUGAUUUGUAUCUUGACAAUAUAUUCAGUGUUUGAUAAUUUAAGAAAUGGAUUUCAUGUACAUUGUAAGUCACAAUUCUUACUAAGUUCAUCAGUCCAUUAUAUAAAGCCACACCUUUUUUCAUAAUAAUUUUGUGUCAUUAAUUGAUCGUUAUGUUUCUAUUUGUCAUUAAAAUAUUGCAGAAUGA